UUGGAGUAAACGAGAGCACGGGAGGAGCCCCCGAGGUGGAGGCUACAAAGGAAAAGAAAGAAAGAAGGGAUGGCAGACACCUACGUUUACAACGUAGAGGACCACCACGCGAACAGCUGUCGGCAAAUGGACGAGCUCUGGCGGCAGCGAGAGCUGUGCGACGUCAACCUGCUCGCCGAGGACUCGAGCGGGAAGCCCGUGCUCUCGCUCUCCGCGCACAGGGUGGUGCUGGCCGCCAACGUCCCCUACUUUAGAGCCAUGCUCACCUCCAAGAUGCAGGAGUCGGGACAGCGCGACAUCACGCUCAUGAACGUGGACGGCGAGGGGCUGAAAAGGAUCCUGGGGUUCGUUUACACGGGCCGACUCGAGAUCACGGAGACAAGCGCGCAGGGUAUUCUGGUGACAGCCAGCCUUCUGGGUCUCCCCGAGAUCGUCUCGGCCUGCGAGCGCUUCAUAGCAAAACGCCUGGGCACCGCCAACUGUCUGGGCAUCGCGGAGUUUGCUCGCCUCCACAACCUGGAGGCGCUCUCGUCCACAGCGGAGACGUACAGCUUCAAGCACUUUUCCAGUAUCUCCGCCAAGGAGGAGUUUCUCUCCCUCUCCGUGGAGAGGGUGGAGGAGCUGGUCUCCAGCAACGAUAUCACUAUCACAGCCGAAGAAGACGUCUACGAGGCAGUCACUCGGUGGAUCAGGCACGACCUCGAUUCGCGGAGAGGGCACGCCGAGCAACUCUACCGGCACGUCCGAUUUCCCAUCCUAGCAGACGGUUUCCUGACAAGAGUGGCGGGAAACAACGAGCUCCUCGCGGCUCUCCCUACAGGAAAGAUCAUGCUCCAAGACGCACACGACUAUCACCAAAACCCGGCCUCCGCCAUGUACCUCGACCCAAAGAAGAUCCAGCCACGGAGCUCUCUGGCCGGGGUGCUCUGUGUUGCAGGGGGAACGGGGGACUCGGGGCUGUCCCUGAGCGACGUCUCUUACUACAACGCACACUCCAAGGCGUGGAACGCGGGGACAAAGAUGCAGCUACGUCGUAACCGGCUCUCUCUGGUACUGUUUAAAGGCGAGCUCUAUGCGAUUGGCGGCGUGGAGCACAUGGAGCCGAUGUCGACUGUGGAGAAAUACUCUCCCCUCACCAACUCCUGGAGGUACGUGGCGAGUCUGAACUCUCCCCGACGCAGCUGCACGGCUCUCGUCACUGGCUCCGGGAUCUUUGUCAUGGGCGGUUUCAGUGGGAGCGUCUUUCUGAAAUCGGUGGAGUUUUACAACGCGGAGCUGGACGAGUGGCAGUACCAACAGCCCAUGAUACACUCCCGCAGCGAGUUGACUGGCGUCUUCUUCGAUCAGAGGAUCUACGCCAUUGGUGGGCAGAACACUGUGGGACUCCACCGCUCUGUGGAGAGGUUCGACUUUGUCAACCGCAAGUGGGAGAGUGUUGCCGACAUGUGUGCUGCAAGAGCCAACGCAGGUGCAGCUAUGCUUGGUCAGGAGAUAUUUGUGUCCGGCGGACAGACGGAGAAGGAGGUGAUCAACAUGGCAGAGAUCUACAACCCUCAGCUGGACCAGUGGGAACCCAUCACUGCUCGCAUGUCCACCCCACGAGUCGGCCUCUGUACUGUCUCCAUGGGAAACAUGAUUUACGUCAUAGGUGGAUCCAACGGCUUGGAGUACCUGGACUCGGUGGAGUGCUAUGACCCCAGUAGGCUCAAGUGGGUCCCGGUCACCAGCCUCCCCUUCCCUCGGUUCGGAGCUGCCGCUGUACUCCUCUCCAACAGUGAUUACAUGCCACUUCGGGAGGACCCCAGCGAUGGACCAUUCAGUCCUCCGCUCUCACCAUGACUAGAAUUAGAAGAAUUUUGUAUUGGGUUCUAGUCUCAUUGUUGUGCAUAAACCCGCGCAAAUUCACACCUUCCACAUGUGCACAGCGUUGCCCGUUGCGCACAAUUUUGUGCUUCAGCUUUCUCAUUCGUGCUCGCUCUCCCUACUGUGACCUCACUUCGUGCAUUACUAUCAUAGAUAUUAUCACAAUCGAAUGUACUAUUUUUCCAUCACAAUAAUAAUUGAGUUUAAUGAGGAUGUGCGGAAUGACACGGAUUAUAAUUAUGCGAUUUUCCCCUAUGCCACAGCCUUCUGAGUCUGUUUGAAGUUGAAUCCUCCUCCCUUGAAAGAAGGGAGCUCCGCCCUUUUGGGUGAAAUGUCAGGCAGAACCAGUGGCUGAUCCCUCCUGCAAUGUAAAAGUGAGAACAUGAUGUCCUGUGAUGAAAAGAAUGCUUGUGCACUAGCUAGCUAGACAUACAUCCGCGACUGCUCCUUUUUCUUUUGCAGGAAGUACUUUUUCUUGAUCUCUUGCAUCUCCCUCUGGAGUCUGUCAAUGUCCAUGCGAUACUCGGAAACUUGUGACUCGUACAUGUUCAACUCUGAUGCCAUGCUCUG